UGCAAGCGGCUGGAGUCAGAGGGUAUGCUUUUCUCAAGAUCAUUUCAAGUGCAUAAAAUUCUAACGUAUUGCGAAUUUAGGAAAAACAUGGUCGGCCUGAUGCGGCUCUUGUCGUUUUGCGAGAGUCUAAGUGCGGGUACCGAGCAAAAGAAAGACUUGGACUACUGGAAGCGGUUUGUAUUGGAAUAUUUCACAGAGCUCGGCGGGAUGAAGUAUACCGUUGUCAACUCGAACGACAAGAUACCAAAACAUUACGAAGUCCCCAACCUCGCGCUACCUCGAUACUACCACACCUUAUUCCAAGACGGCGUCCGUCGCGUACAAAUAAUACCCGAGAACGCGCGCGAGGUGACGAUGGCGCCGGAUGUGCAUGUGAUUGAGUGCGCGCGCGCGACGAUGAUCUACUGGUUCCAGAGCGGGUCGCAUGUUGUUUCGCAUGGCUCGCUGCGGGUGUUUAUAAACGGGCACGCGCUGCGGAUCGACAGUUUGGAGUUUCACGCGCACGAGCAUAAUGAGUUUGUGCCGCGGAGUAUAGCGAUGGCGGCGGUGAACGCAGGACGGCAAGAGAACGACGCGAAUUCGUCGGCGUCGGCGUCGGUGUCCUCGUCGUCUCCGUCGGCGGCGCAGUCGGCUGCUGUUGCGGCGGUGUCUCGCUCGCAGGUGAACGGGUACGGAAUCACGGAUGCUUUGACUCGAUUUCUGCAAAUCACGCAGGUGAUGGCGCAGAUGAGGGAGUUGGUUCCAUAUUAUUUGUCGCCGAAUAAUGCUGCUGGGCCGUUGCAGUCGUUCACGGCGUUUGUCAAUCUGAUAAACGUUCAGCGCGAGAAUUCACAGCAUCAGCAGCAGCAACAUCAGCAACAACAACAUCAACAACAGCAGCAGCAACAACAACAACAACAACAACCACAACAGCAAUCAUCACAACAAUCACAACAGCAACAAUCACAACAACAACAGCAGCAGCAACAACAACAAGAUGGAGCUGGAUCAAAUACCGAUUCAAAAGGACAGUCGCAAAUCAAACAACAGCAGGGAUAUCCCAACCUGCAGCUCCAAAUGAAACAGCAAGAACAACAACAACAGCAGAACCAACAAGGCCUGUCACAGGACCAAAAAAGCAUGUCCGACAACAUGGGCAACCUCAAAAACGAGCCCGACGUGAAAGACGAAGACGACUCCGCGAUGGCGAUCGACGGCGCUAUACGUGCCGAGGGCAAAGCCGAGAAAGGAACCGAAGGCCACGACGUGACCCUGAUCGACGCCUCCUCGGGCACCGGUGCGCGAGCGCUACAGACCGACGGCGGAUCACCGAUAAUGAUCAAUUCCCCUUCGCCCAGCCAAUCCGGCUCCGGUCCGCAAAGCCCGCGAAGUCUCGCAAACAAACGAAGGCGCGAUACGCUCACUGGGACCGGUAACGGAAAUUCAGCGAACGUGUCGAAUACGGGCAUGAUGCUGGGCCAGCAAGCGAUCGGCGGGAACCAGGGCAAUGGCGCGGACAUGGUGGUGUCUGUGAAGGAAGAGGAGAGGAAAGAUGCAAAGAUGAGUCCAAAAUUGGGGAAGCAGCCGCCAUUGAAGCGGACAAAGACUGGUAACGGAAGUUAAUCAGCUCUUUUUAAUUCCAAAAGAUUGCCGUUUAUUUCCAUUUUUUUGUUUCAUUUUUUAUUUAAUCUUGUCGCAACUUGUACACUACGUGUAGUCUGGUUUUUUCUUACUUAUGUUUUUGCGUUUAUUUUGUUGAAUUGUGUUUGUGUAUUAGAUGCAUUUUUCAGUCUCGUAGGAAGUGAGAUAUAGUUGGUUUUUCGAGUAUAAUAAAAUAAUUCUUCCGCGCUAUUUUAUUUGUU